AGGCCUAAGUUUCCGGAACUGUCAACAUUCAACAUGGCGGUUCCCUCGGUUUCGUUAAAUACUCGAAAUAAAAAGCACUUUUUAGGUGUACCGGCACCUUUGGGAUAUGUCGCCGGUGUGGGCAGAGGAGCUACAGGAUUUACAACACGGUCUGAUAUCGGUCCAGCUCGAGAUGCUAAUGAUGUUUCAGAUGAUAGACACGCUCCACCGACGAAACGUACAAAGAAGAAGGAGGAAGAGGAAGAAGACGAAGAAGAUCUGAAUGAUUCAAAUUAUGAUGAAUUUUCAGGAUAUGGAGGUUCCUUAUUUAGUAAGGAUCCUUAUGAUAAAGAUGACGAAGAAGCAGAUGCAAUCUAUGAAGCUAUCGACAAACGUAUGGAUGAAAAACGUAAGGAAUACAGAGAAAAACGCCUCAGGGAAGAGUUGGAACGUUAUCGUCAAGAACGUCCCAAGAUUCAACAGCAAUUCUCAGACUUGAAGAGAGAAUUGGUUAAUGUGUCUGAAGACGAAUGGAAAAACGUUCCCGAGGUGGGGGAUGCUAGAAACCGUAAACAGCGUAAUCCAAGAGCAGAGAAAUUCACCCCAUUGCCAGAUUCUGUCUUGGCAAGAAAUUUAGGUGGUGAAACGUCCACUAGCAUUGAUCCAUCCAGCGGUUUGGCCUCUAUGAUGCCAGGUGUGGCAACACCGGGUAUGCUAACACCUACAGGAGAUCUUGAUCUCAGAAAGAUUGGUCAAGCUAGAAAUACAUUGAUGAAUGUCAAGUUGAAUCAAGUUUCCGAUUCUGUGGAAGGCCAAACUGUGGUUGAUCCAAAAGGAUACCUUACAGACUUGCAAAGCAUGAUUCCUACUUAUGGCGGUGACAUAAAUGAUAUAAAAAAGGCCAGAUUAUUAUUAAAAUCCGUGAGAGAGACCAAUCCCAAUCAUCCCCCUGCAUGGAUCGCGUCCGCGCGUUUGGAAGAAGUGACAGGCAAGGUUCAAGCCGCAAGAAAUUUGAUAAUGAAGGGCUGCGAAGUGAAUCCCACCUCUGAAGAUUUGUGGUUGGAAGCUGCGAGAUUGCAACCACCAGACACGGCGAAGGCGGUGAUAGCGCAAUCGGUGCGACACAUUCCCACUUCCGUCAGAAUCUGGAUAAAGGCCGCGGAUUUGGAGACGGAGGUAAAAGCGAAAAGAAGAGUGUAUCGAAAGGCCCUGGAACAUAUCCCAAAUUCGGUGCGAUUGUGGAAAGCUGCCGUCGAGUUGGAGGAGCCCGAGGACGCGCGUAUCUUACUCAGUCGUGCGGUUGAAUGCUGUCCGACUAGUGUUGAUUUAUGGCUCGCUCUCGCCAGAUUGGAGACCUACGACAAUGCGAGAAAAGUCUUGAACAAGGCUAGAGAAAACAUCCCAACAGAUAGACAGAUUUGGACUACCGCAGCGAAAUUGGAAGAGGCAAACGGGAAUAAGCACAUGGUGGAGAAGAUUAUCGAUCGUGCUAUAUCUUCGUUGAGCGCGAACGGAGUAGAGAUCAAUCGGGAACACUGGUUUAAGGAAGCUAUGGAGGCUGAGAAGGCAGGAGCGGUGCAUUGUUGUCAAGUUAUCGUCAAGGCCAUUAUCAGUUUUGGAGUGGAAGAAGAGGAUAGAAAGCAUACUUGGAUGGAAGAUGCGGAAACUUGUGCCCAACAAGGAGCAUUGGAAUGUGCGAGAGCUGUCUACGCAUACGCAUUAACGACAUUUCCUAGUAAGAAAUCAAUUUGGCUGCGUGCAGCUUAUUUUGAAAAGACAUACGGUACGCGAGAAUCUUUGGAAACUUUGUUACAAAGAGCAGUUGCUCAUUGUCCCAAGAGCGAAGUGCUCUGGCUGAUGGGUGCCAAAUCCAAGUGGCUAGCUGGUGACGUGCCAGCAGCCAGAGGUAUCUUAUCCCUCGCGUUUCAAGCUAAUCCAAAUUCCGAAGAGAUUUGGCUGGCGGCAGUGAAGCUCGAGUCCGAAAACUCGGAGUACGAAAGAGCUCGACGUUUAUUGGCAAAGGCUAGAGCAUCCGCUCCGACGCCGAGGGUGAUGAUGAAGAGCGCCAAGCUGGAAUGGGCUCUUAAUAAUUUGGAUGCGGCGUUGCGUCUACUGAAGGAAGCUCUCGAAGCUUUCGACGACUUCCCUAAAUUGUGGCUAAUGAAAGGUCAAAUCGAGGAACAGCAGGGUUACCUAGAUAAGGCGAUAGACACGUAUAAUCAAGCGAUCAAGAAAUGUCCAAAUUCAAUACCUCUGUGGCGUCUGCUGGCGCAAUUGGAGCACAGAAGGAACCAAGUGACCAAAGCACGUUCAGUGUUGGAGAAGGCCCGACUUAAGAAUCCUAAAAAUGCGGAAUUAUGGUUGGAGGCUAUAAGGAACGAAUUAAAAAACGGCGGUGCGCGUGACAUGGCAAAUACAUUAAUGGCUAAGGCGUUACAAGAAUGUGCUACAUCGGGUCUCCUUUGGGCGGAAGCAAUUUUCAUGGAACCGCGACCUCAACGAAAAACUAAGAGCGUGGAUGCUCUUAAAAAAUGCGAACACGAUCCCCACGUUCUUCUGGCAGUGUCAAAAUUAUUUUGGUGUGAACAUAAGAUUUCAAAAUGCAGAGAUUGGUUUAAUAGAACGGUGAAGAUAGAUCCGGAUUUAGGAGACGCAUGGGCCUAUUUUUACAAAUUUGAAUUACUAAAUGGUACCGAAGAACAGCAAGAGGAUGUAAAGAAGAGGUGCAUUGCCGCAGAACCUCAUCACGGUGAAAAUUGGUGUAAGGUUUCCAAAAAUAUAGUAAACUGGUGUCUGAGUAUAGAUCAAAUUCUAAUAUUGGUUGCAAAAGAGCUACCCAUUCCUAUAUAAAAAUUGACAUAAAUCGAAGUACACUUGCAAAGUAUUCAUUAAUGUAUAUUAGUAAUAAGUUUGUAAAUAAAACAAAAGAUCAAUUAAUUUUAA